UGUAGCACCUGCUUAAGUCUAGAUCUCAGUCAUCACAAACUUAAAACUGAACGACAUUAUAUAUUUGCAAGGCAGCAAGACUCCAUUAUGUGGCUAUCCAAAACUUUUCUUUUCUUAGUAGUUACUGUCUUCAUUGCUGAUGUUCCACCCACAUUUAGCAUAGACACCCAUUUUAUUAUUAAGAACUUUAUUCUAGCAGAUGUUGUGGAUACGGCAAUAGAAAUUGCUAAUCCUGACGACUGGGAAGACGGACAGGGUGUUAAAGGCAAUGCAAUGGGUCUCAUCAUUCCGCUGUAUAGAUUUGUUGAUUUAAUAGAAAAACUUGCCUCUGAUGCAGAAAGCAAUUAUUUUAAUAUGACACUGUAUUACAACGAUGCAAGUACUGAUACGUUUAGUGCAAAUUUAAGAUCAGCAAUUAAUGAAGGAGCAGUUGAUCUGCAACAGUCUGGUGACCACAGGAUUGCCGCUACAGCGCUGUAUAAUGAAAACACACUUCUUAUUACCAUAAAUGCUGAGUAAUGUAAAUACUUAUUUGGAAAUCCGCGUAUACAAUGCGCAAUUUUACUUUUGUUUCAAUAAAAAAAUACUUGAGAUAAAAUUGCGUAUUUUAUCUCAAGUAUUUUUAUUUUUAUAACAA